AUACCUUAAAAGAAGAGAUAGACAUUCUUCUUAGCUAGUUUUGGCAAAACUGAGAAAUAGAAAACAACAAAACUCUGUUUUCUUUUUCUCUUGAAAAUUUCAAUGGAAGGUGAACAAGAGUGGCUUAGUGAUGCAUCUCUGAAUAUUCCCCUAAUCCAAGAUCAUGAAAGAAGACAAAUUUCUGAUAUUGGUCCCAACAACAACAAUGUCACCACAUCUUUCCUUAAAACUUGUUUCAAUGGUCUCAAUGCUUUAUCAGAUGAGGAGAUAAUCAUAGCCUCUCAACCUUCAACAAAAAAUACUUUAUCUUUCUCUCAAACAUGUCUCAAUGGACUCAAUGCAAUUUCAGGUGUUGGAAUUCUAUCAGUUCCAUAUGCAUUAGCAUCAGGAGGAUGGCUAAGUUUAUCACUUUUAUUUGCAAUAGCAGCUGUAGCAUUUUACUCAGGCAUAUUAAUGAAAAGAUGCAUGGAAAAAAAUUCAAACAUUAGAACCUAUCCUGACAUAGGUGAACUUGCAUUUGGAAAAAUCGGAAGAUUAAUAGUAUCGAUAUCAAUGUACACAGAACUGUACUUGGUUUCAAUAGGUUUCUUGAUUCUAGAAGGAGACAAUUUGAGUAACCUUUUCCCAAUUGAUGAGUUUGAUAUUUUUGGAAUAUCAAUUGGUUCAAAACAAUUCUUUGUGAUAUUGGUGGCACUAAUUAUUUUGCCAACAGUUUGGUUGGAUAAUUUGAGUUUGUUAUCUUAUGUAUCUGCAAGUGGUGUGUUUGCUUCAGCUAUCAUUGUUUUGUCAAUUUCAUGGACAGCUGCAUUUGAUGGAAUUGGUUUUAAACAAAAGGGUAUUCUUGUAAAUUUGAGUGGAAUUCCUACAGCUGUGAGCUUGUAUGCUUUCUGUUAUUGUGCUCAUCCUGUCUUCCCUACUCUCUACAAUUCCAUGAAAAACAAACAUCAAUUCUCUAAUGUCCUAAUUGUAUGCUUCAUAUUAACCACAGCUGGUUAUGCAUCAAUGGCUAUAAUUGGUUACCUAAUGUUUGGUUCAAAAGUUGAAUCCCAAAUAACAUUAAAUUUACCACUAAACAAAAUAAGUUCAAGAAUAGCAAUAUACACUACCUUGGUAAAUCCAAUUUCCAAAUUUGCUUUAAUGGCAACACCAAUUACCAAUGCAUUAAAAGAUUUACUUCCAAGGGCAUAUAAAAAUCAUAGAAUUACUAACAUUUUUGUUAGCACUGUCCUUGUAAUCACCAAUGUCAUUAUUGCAUUAUGUGUUCCUUUCUUUGGAUAUCUCAUGUCAAUGGUUGGAGCUUCUCUAAGUGUCACUGCUUCAAUUUUGCUUCCAUGUUUGUGUUACUUAAGAAUUUCUGGUACUUAUAGGAAUUGUGGGUUUGAGACAGUGACUAUAGUUGCAAUAAUUGUAGUAGCAAUAGUAAUUGGAAUUUUUGGGACAUAUACUUCAAUUGUAGAAAUAGUACAAAAUUUGUAAUAGUAAUGAAGUGGUCCAUUUUUUUAUUUGAGUUGUUGAAAUAGUAUGAAAUUUGUAAUAGAUAAUUAAUGUAGUGGUUCAUUUUUAUUUUUAUUUGAGUUUA